AUGAAAUAUCAAUAUAAGCAACCUAAUACACAAUACAAACUUGGAGAUACCUGUGUAGAUAUGUCCGAAACAAAAGGUGCAGAAAAUCAUCUUCUUGUCGAGGAAACUCGCACGGCACAAAGCAGAACACUUUCAAUUAAAUAUUUAAAAAAUCUCGCACUGCACUUGGCUGACUUUCGAAAACGUGAACUUAUGACUCUGCUAACUGUAGCAAUAGAAACACAAAUGAAUUCUUAA